CGCCGCGCGGGGAGAGACGACAAAGGGAGAGGGAGGGGCUCGUGGGGGCGGUUGGAGCCGGUCCGGCAGCGUAACUGGUAGUAAGUUGAAAUAUAUAUAAAUAUUAAAAAUGACUGGAAGAGCCCGUUCUCGAGCCCGUGGCAGAACACGUGUCCCCGAAGUAAGCUCACAACCUCUUGCUCCAAGGAUGGAACCUUCUCCAAUACCGCCGCUUGCUGCCAGCGCAGGGGAGCCUGAACUACUUGGUCGUGGUCGACAGCGAGGUCCCUCUGGUGCACUACUACGCAAAGAUGUUGAGGUGGUAUCUGCUGGAUUUAAAGAGAUGUCUUUAACGGAAAGAGGUGGGCGGCGGCGAGAUUUCCAUGAUCUUGGAGUUAACACCAGAAAGACUAUGGAACAUGUCAAGGAGUCCAAAACAGGUUCUUCUGGAAGUGCAAUACGUCUGAUAACAAACUAUGUUCGCCUGAACUCUUGUGCCCAGUGGCUUCUAUAUCAAUACCACGUGGAUUAUGAACCUCAGAUGGAAUCGAGACGUCUACGUACUGUACUAUUGUUUAUGCAUGAGAACGUUCUUGGCAGAAUUCGUGUUUUUGAUGGUGGUGUGCUAUUCCUUCCUAAAAGAUUGGAAACAAGAGUGACCGAACUACGCAGCCAGACACGUGAUGGACAAGAUGUGAAAGUUACAGUUACCUUGACCAACGAACUGCCUCCCACAUCUCCAACAUGUCUGCAGUUUUACAACAUUGUGUUCAGGAGGCUUUUAAAGAUAAUGUGCUUGCAGCAAAUUGGCCGAAAUUACUACAAUCCUAAGGAUCCCAUAAUGAUUCCACAGCACAGAAUCAUGGUAUGGCCAGGAUAUACCACUUCAAUCCUGCAGUAUGAGAGCAAUGUCAUGCUCUGUGCAGAUGUUAGUCACAAAAUCCUGCGUAGUGAUACUGUACACGAUGUCAUGCAUGAGUUAUAUGCUCAGUUUGGCGAACAACGGUUUCAGGAGGCAUGCUCCAAGGAACUGGUUGGAGUAAUAGUUCUAACCAGGUACAAUAACAAGACUUAUCGAAUUGAUGACAUUGAUUGGUUUCAGAAUCCCCAAAGCACCUUUAAUAAGGCAGGAACUCAAGUCAGCUACAUUGAUUACUACAAAAAGCAAUACAGUAUGGAUAUUGAUGAUGUGAAUCAACCAGUGCUCGUUAGCCAGCCCAGAAGGCAAGGACCUGCUGGUACUAGUCUAGGACCUAUUUGCCUCAUUCCUGAGCUAUGCUAUCUUACAGGCAUGACGGAUAAAAUGCGUUCCGAUUUCAACGUGAUGAGAGACCUAUCUGCACAUACAAGAUUAACACCAGAACAGAGGGAGCAGCAGUUGUGGCGCUUCGUGGACUACAUCCAAAGUGAUGAAAAUGUACAGAAAGAACUGUCAGAUUGGGGCAUCCAGUUCGAUUCCAAAUUGCACUCUCUCUCUGGCAGAGUUGUACCUACGGAGAAGAUCCAACAAGGUGGAAAAAUGUUUGAUUAUAAUCCCCAAGCAGCAGAGUGGUCCAGAGAAACCAGAGGUUCCUUCCUGAUCAACCCUGUUCCGCUGGAAAAUUGGGUGUUGGUUUUUACCCGAAGAAAUACUGAUGUGGCUCGCAGUCUUUUUCAAACUUUGGGAAAAGUAGUGAAGGCAAUGGGCAUCAGGAUGGAGAAGCCAUUAAUGGUUGAGGUGGAAGAUCGCAGUGAGGCAUUUUUGAGGGCACUUCAGUCCAACGUUACUCAGUCUACGAGAAUUGUGGUUUGUGUUCUUCCAUCUAACCGCAAAGACAAAUACGAUACAAUCAAGAAAUACUUGUGUGUUGAAUGCCCAACUCCAAGUCAGUGUGUUGUUGCCCGGACCUUGAGCAAGCCUCAGGCACUGAUGGCUAUCGCCACAAAAAUUGCUUUACAGAUUAAUUGUAAAAUGGGCGGUGAACUGUGGAGUGUUGAGAUACCGCUCAAACAGCUGAUGGUGAUUGGAAUUGACUGUUACCAUGAUAAUGCUGCUGGAAGAAAAUCAAUUGCAGGAUUUGUUGCCAGUCUUAAUCAGACAAUAACCAGGUGGUUUUCCCGCUGUAUCUUUCAAGAUCGUGGACAAGAACUUGUAGACGGAUUGAAAGUUUGCUUGCAAGCUGCGUUAAAGGCGUGGCACGCAUGCAACAAGUGUCUGCCUGGUCGCAUCAUUGUGUACCGUGAUGGAGUUGGUGAUGGACAGCUCAACACAGUGGUAAAUUACGAGGUUCCACAAUUGCUGGAUUGUUUGAAAUACCUGCCCGACUACAAUCCAAAGCUAUCAGUGAUUGUUGUGAAGAAGCGUGUCAAUGCCAGAUUUUUUUCACAAGCGGGAGGAAGAUUACAGAACCCGCCACCCGGAACUGUCAUUGAUACAGAUGUCACAAGACCAGAAUGGUAUGACUUCUAUAUAGUUAGCCAGUCGGUGAAGGUUGGUACUGUCACACCGACACACUAUAACGUGGUGUUUGACAACAGUAACCUGAAACCAGAUUAUAUGCAGCGGCUAACCUACAAGUUGUGCCACAUGUAUUACAAUUGGCCGGGUGUGAUCCGUGUGCCCGCCCCUUGCCAGUAUGCCCACAAGCUGGCAUUCUUGGUGGGGCAGAGUAUUCAUCGAGAGCCCAGUCUGGCGUUAGCUGACCGACUUUAUUACCUAUGAAUAUCACAAGCAAUCAAGUUUCCAGUCGUGAACUCUGUCAAAGAAAAGGGAUUUUUAAAAGAGUGCAAUUUAUCAAGAAUAUAUUUUGUAGAUCAGGGCAAUGUUCAAUGUUUGCAUUCCAUCUGUCUGCAUAUUAAUUAAUUUGAUGCCUUCUGCAACCACAGAAGUUCAGUGCUUGUGGCUAAUCUUCCUCUGCUCUCAAAUUGAAUCCUAGUUGAUUGUUGCCCGAGUGGCCUUGUGUGGCAGAGGAUAGGGGAACUUGUUCUUCACGUUCACAUCCUUGCAAUAAUCACCGAGUCAACAGCCACUGUGCUGCGAUGCCACUUGCUCUUUGAUAGACAGGGACAUGCUGCCCUCCCACUGUGGCUGAGAAUUUCUUCAGGAGUCCUGACCGUGUAAUCCGAAAACAUAUUAAUUACAUUUUUCAUUCUGCCAUUCAGGAAUUGAUCCCUUGAACAGCGACUAGAAAUUUGUUGCUUGCAUAGGCCUUUAAUUACAAACAUUCAUUGCUUUCUUGUCUCCAUGCUGAGGCCCUACACCCUAAUGAAAACUUGGUUGUCUAAUUUUGAUUUUGACAUUGACUUCCAUGCAUCUAUUCUAUCUCUGAAUCUUAAAUGCUUUGAGAUGGAUUCUCUUAUACUUCUAAACUUCAGUGCAUAUAAACUGAUUGUUCUUUAACUUCAUGGUCACAGGGUGACCCCCUCAUUCUUGGUAUCUUUCCAGUGAAGAAACAAGGAACUGAAGAUACUUCAUACUUAAAAUGAAGAAAGUGCUCGAGUAAUUUAGUGGAUUGGUCAGCAUCUCUGGAAAACAUGGAUCGGUGAUGUUUCCGAUCUGAGGAAGGGCUUCGACCCAAAAGUCACCUAUCCAUGUUCUCCAGAGAUCCUGUCUAACCUGCUGAGUUACUCCAGCACUUUGUGUCCUUUUAUGUUUUACUACCUGUGUGUAUAACAGGGUUGGUAAAAAUUUAAACGGAGAACAUUUCUUGUAUUGGAAUUGAAAUCGGGUUAGGUAGCAGAGAAGAGAUGAGACCAGCAUGUGUACAAUGCCCUCGCAUGCUGAGAUCCUUCUUCAGACCUGAACAGUCACCUAUCCAUGUUCUCCAGAGAUGCUGCCUGACCCGCUGAGUUACUCCAGCACUUUGUGUCCACUUAUCUAUCUACUGAAUCUGUGCUGCACCACCUUGAGCCAAAUAUAUCUUAGGUUUGGUUUGGAGACAAACUGCACACUGUUCUUGCAGGAAGAUUUUUUUUGUGUUCUCUACUCUACCCCCCCCCCCCCCCCCCCCCCCCUACAGUUACGGAUGCCUCAUAUGCAAAACAAAAUUGCAGAUGUUGGAAGUUGGACAGGCUUUGUUCUCAAGUUUAAACGUUCCAAGGUUCAAUUUACCACAUCGGCCAAGCUGAGACUCGUUUUGAAUCAUUUUUUGGAAAAAGGUUGAACAAAUGGCAUAGUCCCGUUAGAUAUCGCGCUUAUCUUACAAACUUCCCUCUUGGGACUAGGGGCUAUAGCAGUUAUAGUUCCUUACAUUUACUUAUUGCUUUUGCUGCUAAAAGAUACCAUGUGAGUUUUCCUGGUAGAAACAAGGAAUUGCAGAUGCAAAAAAAAAGAACACAGUGCUGGAGUAACUCAGCGGGUCAGGCAGCAUCACUGGAGAACAUGGAUGGGUGAUGUUUUGAGUGGGGACACUUCUUCAGACUGUCUCUUCCCCCCUCCACUGUACACCACUUGGCUCGCACCUAUUUCUCCCCACCCCCUCCCCUUCCACCUACUAUUGCUUCACAAUUCACAACUGCAAUCCUUUUUAUCUCAACUUCUGUCGAUUCAUCUCUGAACUUUGUCCAAACAUUUGGCUAUCAAAAAUUCCCCUUGCCUGGGUUCAUCUAUUGCCUGCCAAGCUUUGUCCUGCCCCUCCUUUCUUCCAGAUUUCACCUCUUCUCCCCACCCCACGGUCAAUCAACCCGUCUAAAGAAGGGUCUCAAGCCGGAAUUGUUUAUCCAUGUUCUCCAGAGAUGCUGCCUGACCCGCUGAGUUACUCCAGCACUCUGUGUCUUUGUGAUUUUCCUUCAUGGAGAGAAAAGUUGUCUGCCUUCCCACAUGAAUCCAGUGAGGGUUGUGGACUUGUACAGGGAUCCCUCUUGCUCCACUCUGUAAAAUGAUGCGUUUACACUCUGUGAACCCCCUCGUCAAAUACUAUGGUAGUUGUGUCAACUACUGAUAUGAGCUUGUUUUACUCCAUUACUUUGUUCUAUUAAUAUAUCUUGUUCAAGAAGUGCUUUAUUUCAUUAUAAAUCUUAGUUUUUUCUGUGUAAAACAUUUAUUCAAAUCACUUUGGAAGGUUGUGGUACUUUUAACUACUGGAUGUUGUUGUUUUGGUUUAAUUAGUUAUUAAAAUAGGCUUUUUGAAAAUGUUCCCGAUGAAAUGUCAAUGUUGGCAUCUUGUGUGUGUGUGUGUGUAGGGGCUAUCAAUUGCCGCAGUCAUUUUGGGGAAGGUUUAUUUGGUUCUGCUAAGGUGGUUACGUGGUAGGAACAGUCUGGGGUGCUCUAAAUAUUUGUACCUAAUGGUGUUUUUCAUAACGAUUUUACUAAGCAUAAUUGUUAAAUGCAGAUAUUGCCCAUAUCAAAAUUAAGAGCCUCAAAUCUUCACGAGUAGAUAUUAGUUUGUUAGGAUGCUUUAGGAAUAUAAUGGUGUAUUGGCCAACACCAGCAGUUGUGAAGUGACCAGGUUACAAGAUACUACACGGUUGGUGAUAAUAAACUAACUUGUGUCCCUCAGAGUUUAAAAUAGACUCAUUUCCUUACACCCAAAUGUCCAUCCACUAAAUACUUUUAGGCAUUUAUCUGUUACUGUUACCUGCCAUGCAGCACCAGUCCAUUGGGACUUUGCACACCUGCCAAUUUACAGCAUGCUUUGUGUAAAACUAAACUCUGUGCAAAUGUAGGAGUGGAUAGGUUUUUUUUUUAAGGUGCAAGUGGAGCCAUAUCAUAUAAAGAAUCCUUUGGUUGUGUAUGUUUUAUUUAACCUGGUGAAGUGAUGCACAGAAGAGCUGGUGUAUCAAUUGGCCUCUUGGAGAAACCAGCCAGAAGUCCCUUCAGCAUGUGGUUUGGGGGUAGCUGUUGUGUGAAUCUGCUCUGAGGAUGGGCUCUAAUCACUGUUGAUGCCUCUGACUGCCUUUCUGCUUAGGUCAUGCUUUCUACUGGCAUGAAUAAUGCCACGUGUCUGUCUAAUGGUGAUUGAUUAAAAUAAAGAUUCCGUUAUUAAGCA